GAUUGCUCAUUAGUUGUGAGAACACCUCCAAUAGAGGGUUUUUAAAAUUAAAAUAACACAAAAAUAAUAGAAAAUAAAAGAGAGUGAUGUUUCAUUUAAAAAUCUCUGAGUUCUUGUUUAGAAUCUUUUUAUACCGCUUGUUUUAUGAUAAUUGGAUCAAAUUUUGUAUCAUUUAAAAUUUAAGUAACACAAUUAUAUUAAAAAUAUUUAUAAUAUUGGUUUGGAGAUGCUUUGGCCUCUGAGGCGACCUUUUAUUUUUUAUGUAAUAAUAUGAUCAUUGAUGAAACAUCUCUCAUAGGUGGAAACAUCAACGAAACGACCGCGUUUGUUUGGCAUGUAUUAUUAGGGUUAAAAAUUUAGGCCCAUACGGCCCAAAUAAGCUAUUUUACGGAUAUUUAAUUAUAAAAUGUGUGGCUGGCUGGCUUAACGGACAUGUGACAAUGACAUGUGUCACUCUAACCACAAAACCAACGUCUUACGUUAACGCCACGUGUGUCACUUCAACACGAUUUGAUAAUAUAUGUGAUUAUGAUCCCUAUCCAAAAUGACGGUUCUAUAAAAAAGUACCAUUCAAGCGUAUGAAUCAUCAUCAAUCAUUGUCUUAAUUUCGUCGAGAAUAAUUUUGUCUAUAGCUAAAAAAGGCAUAAGAAGUUAAAGUUUCAAUUGUAAAAGGAAGAUGGAGUCUUACCAAAACCAGUCCGGAGCGCAGCAGACUCACCAACAGCUUGACCAAUUUGGAAUUCCAUUUCCAGCCACCACCGGAGCCUAUGGAACUGCAGGUGGAGCUCCGGUCAUGGCGGAAGGUGGUGGUUUGAGUGGCAUGCUUCACCGUUCGGGGAGUAGCUCUAGUUCUAGCUCGGAGGACGAUGGACUAGGUGGAAGGAGGAGGAAGAAGAAGGGAAUAACCGAGAAGAUUAAAGAGAAGCUGCCGGGUCAUCACGAGUCCAACAAGACUUCUUUAGCUUCUACCACGACGGCCUAUGAUACCGGCACCGUUCACCACGAGAAGAAAGGCAUGAUGGAGAAGAUCAAAGAGAAGCUUCCGGGUGGUCAUCAUUAGUUUCAUUUUAAUCAACUUUUUUGCGUAUGUUUUUUUUUUUUGGUACAAUUUUUUUUUUUUUUUU